GACUUGGUUGGAACUUGGAGUUGGAGUUGGGGGAGAGAGGGAGGCGAAUAGUCAACCAUAACCGGUGGCGCCGGUCAAUGGUUGAUCAACCUCUUACUUCUUCUUUCUCAUUUUCAUCAAUUUCUCCUCUACAUCUCUCUCCUCUCUCUCUCUCUCUCUAACUCUUCUUGGAGUUGAGGAGCUUUGGGUGUUGGUCUUUAAGACACAGUUUUCUUUCUUGAAUUCUGAAGCCCUGCUUUGAUUUCCUUCUCUAUUGUUUCUGAGCUUUGACUUCAAGUCUUGUUGAAGAAAAAUGGCUCGUUCAAACGUCCCAAAAUUUGGCAACUGGGAAAAUGAAGACAAUGUUCCUUACACAGUUUUCUUUGACAAAGCAAGGAAAAAUAGAGGUGGUAAGAUGAUAAAUCCAAACGAUCCCCAAGAAAAUCCAGACAUGUUCCCCAGCAGUGAUCCUCCACCUCUUCCUCCUGCUCGUCCGUCCAGAACUAGACCAGAGGAACCAAUUGGUAGAGGAGCUGUCAGGCCGACGACGCCGGAACAUAGAGUGAGCCGAGAAGAUGGUGAUUUUAGGCAGUUCAGUAAUUCUCCGGCUCGUAACGAGAACAUGGGUCAUCGAACUACUAAUGAAUCAAAUUAUGGUGGUCGCGGACAAAGGCCAGCUCGGCCUGCAAGGCCUAGCGCAGGAUCUGAUCAAAGCUUUGAGCGGUCACCACUUCAUCCACACUAUCAAGCGAAAGUUACGGGGAGAGGCAGUGGAUCUCCUGCUUGGGAAGGAAAAAGCCAUGACAGUAGUCAUGGCACUGCUGCAAAACCCCGGCUAAGGCCAGCUCGGGGAGAUGAAAGUCCUGAUAAAGGGGCUGCCGUUCCAAGAUUUGGCGAAUGGAACGAGAACGAUCCCCAAUCAGCUGAAAACUUCACUCAUAUCUUCAACAAAGUGCGGGAGGAAAGGAACACAGGAACUGGGGCUGGGAACGUUAUGGGCACUCCAAAUCAUCUGUCUUACGGCACACGCAACCAACCAUCCAAUGAACCUAAGAAAUGCUGCUUUCCGUGGUGGUAGAAUGAGAAGAUGGUCUCAUUUCCUUGGACGUCUUGAGCUAUAUUAAACACGUAAAUGGCUCUGGGAGGCUAUUCUGACGCAGAGAUGGUGCUUUGUUUCAAUUCUUUAGUGUGGUUUUUGUGACAAAUAAACAUGGGGGGUCUUCAUAGGUUGUUGGCUCAUCAUCUCUGGCCUUUCAGGUGAUCAUUAGUAGUUUGCUCCUUUUAUUUCCAGUCUUCCAACUUGUACUAUGUUAGAUUCAUUUAUUCCAAUGUUACUGGAUUGUUUGUGUUACAGAGGCAGCUGUUAGAAUUUUCCUAUGUUCUUUUCUUGUUUUUGUUUACUCCGGAAAGCAGAGGACUCAUUUGCUUUGUAACUUACUACUUCAUCUGAACUAAGGGAAUCUAUUUUUAUGAUUAUUUUA